AUGAACUACGUUGAAAAAGAAUUAAUGAGUUCUAUAUUAUUUAAAGGAUUAACUGCAUAUUUUUCUAAAAAAACACCAUCAUUUGUUGUUAAAUUGUGGCGUAUGUACCUUCUCUUUUCCUGGAUUUUGCAGGCUUAUUGUAUUGAAGAAGUUUAUGGCGGUGAGGUGAUAUUUGUCCCAGCUUAUAGGAAACCAGAUAUCUGGUUUGGUAUAGAUAAGAAAUUGAUAGGGAAGAAAAAUGUACUUCAUGAACGCUGGAUUUAUGAUAGUAUUUUGUUGCACAAGCGUCUGCCAUUUAAUGAUUAUUAUAUUAUUAAUAAAUCGAGACUGAUUAAACUUAAGUCACUUCACUUAAAUAAACUAUUAAAAAAAAAAAGGUUUAUAAAAACUUCGAACUAUACAGCGUAUCGGGAUACUUUGGAAAAUUCAAAGGUACAUUCUCCUGAUAUAGCUUCAUUUACACCGAUUCAGUCUGCCUCUGCUAAUGAUACUACUUUAUCAGAAAAAAGUGCAGAUCUUGUUUUCUCUUCAACUGAAAAGAUUAUAUGUUCGUCAUCAGACAAAAACGUUGAUUUACUUUUUUCACUGUAUCAAAAAAUCGAAAAUCCCGAUUCUGAUAAAUCUUUAUCAUACAAUUCAUUAUCUUCUCUUACUAAAGAUACUUCCUCCAUUAGCUCUUCUACUGAGACACUUAGUUCUCCUAUUGAAAGAAUUAAAGUUCUUUCUUUAGAAGACCUUGAAUCUGCUGUUGACAUCUUUGAAGUUAUAGCUGUUGAAAAAAUGCAUGGUCAAGAUGGUAUUUUAUUUCUUAAACUUAAAUAA